AGAUGUUUCAUCAUUCAUAUGGUGACCAAGAACUUUUUAUGCCUGGAGAAGAGAUGCCAGAAUGGUUGGUCCCUAAUAAUGAGGGUCAAAUUUCUUUCAUGGCUACAAAGGACUUGUUGGAAAAAUUCUUAGGAUUAGCUUUUUGUGUCGUAGCCCGAGCAAAAUGUGGACAAAAGGAUGGCGGCGUGCAUAUUGGGCCAGCCAUUAAUGGUCGACGUAGUUGGGGUCAGGGAAGGGUUUUCCAACGUGAUUUCAAUCAAGUGUGGCUUAAGUGUUACAAACCAAGGCUACUAUGGGACCAAGUCUCGUUUGGUCCAAAUGGCUGGAAUUGUUUCAUAGCAACCAUUAGAGCAGAAGAUGAUGUAAUUGUGAAAAAAUGUGGAUUCCGAUUAAUAUGCAAGCCAUUAGAGAAUGAUUUGGAGAUUUUUCGUCAACAUAAUCAGUCCCUGGAUCCAGCUUUACUGUAUGAGGUUCGACAUGAAGAUAAUCAGAUGAGCACAGCGGAAAAAAAAAGUUCAAGUGAAAUAGAAGAUUUACUAGAUAAUAAAACAAGUAGAGAGGAAAAUAGUUCAAGUGAUUUAAUACUCGAAGGAUCCAACGUGACUGACUUCCCAAUCCAGAACUAUCACUUUUCCUAUUAUCGUGAUUUCCAAAAUGUUGUCCCUAGAGGAGAGAUGCCAGAGGAGUUUGUGCCUGUUGAAGAUGGUACUAUAUCUUUCAUGGUUUCACAAGACUUGUAUGACAAGUUCCUAGGAUUGGCUCUAUGUGUUGUUUUCAGUGUAGAAGAUGGAAAAAAGGAAAUAUCUUUCGACAUUGUCCCACAUGUUAAUGGCGAAAGGCGGAAUGUGCUAUCGGGAACUCUUGGUUCAUUUGAUUCGGAUCAUAUGUGGAUUCGAUAUCUCAUACCAAGAAUGUUGUGGGGACUGUUGGAGGGAGAAGUUGAUUUUGAUCAAUUUGAGGAGAGUUAUCUACGAUUUAGCCUUAGAAUUGGAGUAUCGGGUGGAACCGUGAAAAAGUUGGGCUAUCUACUAAGGUUCAGACAACUAGAGGAUGAUUUGAAGGUUGUGCUUGAAGACACUCAAUUUGUGGAUCCAGCUGCACUCUGUGAGGAUCUUGAUAGAUCAAGAGAUUUAAUGGAAUUCCUUAAGAAAUGUCACCUUCCUAUAGAGAACCUGGAAUGGACAGAAAGUGAAUCGGAAUCCAAUGAAAGUGAAGAAGAAUGAAUGGGAACAGGCAAGUGUAGUAGUGUUGGCUUGCAGUUCUUAAGAAAGCAAUCAUUAAGCUAGCAAAACAUA